AUGAUUUUACUUGCGGUUACCGAAAUUUUUCUUCCUGCUCUCGGAAUUUUUCUAGUCAGUCUCUCAAUAGUUAUUAUUUUGUUUCAAGAGUUCAAUAUAGAUAAUAGUGGUCAUCGGGUUACUACAAUCAGUGGUAACAACAGUAAUCUGAUAACGCUGAUUAGUGAAAUCUGUGAAGUCAUACUUGCACUCAUUAUUUCUGUACAUUCGAUCUUUUCAUUGCAGAAAUUGUGCAAAAAAGAAAAUAAUCUAAAACAAAUUGAAACUGUUGGAACUGUUGGAACUGUUGGAACUGUUGGAACUGUUGGAACAUUGAAUAUUAAAUUCAAAAUUGAUUUUUCGUUUUUACUCAUCGCUAAUAUUUUAUUGGACAUUUAUUGCGGUAUUACGUUUUUUGGUUCAGUCCUAUCGCAUCCGGAGGAUAAAUUGACUCAAUAUAUACGAUGGUUGACGUUGACUGCUUCAGUUAUACCAAUUAUUCAAACGGCACUUCAACUAAUAGUCAUUUGGAAGGCUCGUCAAUUCAAUGGAAAGCUAACUGGUGGAAUUAAUAACAUGUGGAUUAUAUUAAGUUUUUCGAUAUGGCUAUUUGAUACAUUCAGUGCUAAAGCAUAUAAAACGAAUGAAAUUCAAACACAUAUCUAUGAUGGAGGGUGGGAUUAUUUGGCGCCUCUUUUUAUACCUAUGGCGAUCUUUUAUCGUUUCCACAGUUGCAUCAUGUUUGCCAAAAUCAAAGCUGGAGAGUACUGGCGUUUGCAUCAAUAG